GCUCUUCACUGACGGUGGACCUUCAAGAACUCUCUGAACUUUGUAUGGCACCUCCGAUACGACAGAAUCAUCGUACAUCGUGACUAUCGUCAUGAUCUGGGUCUCGAUACCAAGACAGAGUUCAUUGCAUCCAACGAAAGCGUCAAUAAAUAAUGGUGAACCGCCCCAACUGUACUACAGCCAACAGUUGAAAUUUGUCCAAUGAUUCCAUUGAAGAUCCCACGCUGAACCUACUACUAAGGUGACUAACGCCAGCACUAGCUACACUAGUUCGACUGUCCAACUGUGACGGCAUGACAGCUGUCGGGCCUGGACUCCAACGGGGACCUGCACGAUCAUUGGAUGGCAACGGCGGGACGGGAGGGGUGUUUAAUUGCUGGUAUAACGAGGAAUACGUCGAAGGCGAAGGCACAGAGUACCUCGACGAAUCUGAUCCUUUGGGAGUUCCACCAUCAUUGAAGGUUGUAUUCGUUGGUGUAACGACUGCCAUCGGGGAGAUCGGAACGACAUGAGAGUCGAAAACAGGGUCGUUGGCCCGGCCUCCGUUGAAGGCACCAUCAUCAAUCUCGGACGGCGAGUUAAUGACAAUUUCUG